AUGCAGAAGCUCCAACGAGAGCUGUCGAUGGCUCCCGGGUCUCUUGCGGACGAAAUCUGGAGAGAAGCGCACGAUGUGGACAUCAACCCGGAGAUUGCCCUCAAUGCGACGGUUCGUGUUGGAGACGACCUUUGUCGAGAGGAACUGGCGUUCCUGCGCAAGCGCCGGAUGCAUGCCGUCAAGGCGUUGGCCAGAUAUCUAGACCUCAAGGAGGAGGACAUCCAUCCCGACGAUGUCCCGAUUAUCGCCAUGUGCGGUUCGGGGGGAGGGCUACGGGCUCUUGUCGCGGGGACUGGAUCGUACCUCGCGGCGCAGGAAGCCGGUCUAUGGGAUUGCGUUACGUACACGGCCGGCGUGAGUGGGACUUGUUGGCUGCAGGCUCUGUACAACUCGUCUCUGUCUGGGCGGGACUUCAACAAGCUCGUCGAGCAUUUGAAGAACCGACUGGGGGUGCAUAUUGCCUUUCCUCCGAAGGCUUUGAAUCUGCUCACGACUGCACCGACCAACAAAUACCUCCUCUGUGGUCUGGUGGAGAAGUUGAAGGGCGACCCGGAUUCGGACUUUGGCUUGGUGGACAUAUACGGAUUGCUGCUGGGUGCGCGACUGCUGGUUCCCCGCAGCGAGCUGGACCUCUCAGACCGGGACUUGAAGCUGUCCAACCAGCGAGACUACAUCGAUGAUGGCAGCAACCCUCUGCCCAUUUACACCGCCGUCCGUCACGAGAUCCCCGCCGUGGAAGGAAAGGAAACGAAGGGCAAACAAGCAGCUGAGAAGCUGAAGGAAGCAGCGAGGAAGGAGGCAUGGUUUCAGUGGUUCGAGUUUACUCCUUAUGAGUUCUUUUGCGAGGAAUUCAAUGCGGGAAUCCCCAUGUGGGCAGUGGGGAGACAUUUCAACGAAGGCAGGAAUACCGUGCCUCCCAACAAAUAUGCGGUGCCAGAGUUACGGCUUCCAGCGCUGAUGGGAAUUUGGGGCAGCGCCUUUUGCGCGACCCUGUCCCAUUACUACAAGGAGAUCCGACCUGCGGUCAAGGGGCUCGCCGGCUUUGGAGGGAUUGAUUCGCUGAUUGAAGGACGGAACAGGGAGUUGAUUCGAGUCCAUCCCAUUGACCCGGCCUCCAUACCGAACUAUGUGCUUGGCAUGAAGGACAAGCUGCCUGCAUCGUGUCCCGAGUCCAUCUUCAACAGCACACAUUUGCGGUUGAUGGACGCGGGCAUGAGUAAUAAUCUACCGAUCUACCCACUUCUGCGCCCUGGGAGAAACGUGGAUAUCAUCGUUGCCUUUGACGCAUCUGCCGACAUCAAGCAGGAAAAUUGGUUGUCGGUCGUGGAUGGCUACGCACGACAGCGAGGAAUCAAGGGCUGGCCCAUCGGUGCGGGAUGGCCAAGGGAAGACACAAAGCCGGAGGACACGGAGAAGACGCUGCGCGAGACACAGAACCUAGACGAAAAGGCUGCAGAAGACAAACUCACGGAAGUCCAGGCGAAAGACUCGCGCACGGAGCACAAGUCCCGGAUGAUUGACACACUCAUGACCUCGGACACGAAUGACCUGACCCUCCGGACACAGCGUUUGGAGGCCGACAACCGCGAACUGACAUACUGCAACGUAUGGCUGGGCACGAAGGAAGAAAAGAUAUCGGACAAGGAACCACCACCAUCGAAACGGCUCUUCCAUCCCAGCCACGGAGACCACCGCGAAUCCGACUUCCGCCUCAUGCAGCCUGACGCCGGCAUCGCCGUGGUCUACUUCCCUCUACUGCCCAAUCCGUCCGCGCCGGACUUUGAUCAUAAUCCCUCGACAUCAUCCUCCCCACGAGCCAAAUCCAAAGCCAAAUCCUCCGAUGCCGCUAGGAACGACGGCUCGGACCCCGUGAAGCCGCUAGCCCCCAAGCCGAGCUCGAUCAACCCGGACGUGGACGACUUCCUCUCGACGUGGAACUUCGUCUACACGCCGGAGCAGAUCGACUCGGUGGUGGGACUCGCCAAGGCGAACUUCGCCGAGGGCGAAGCGCAGGUGAAGCGCGUCGUGCGCGGCGUGUACGAGCGGAAGAAGCGAGAUCGUCUCCGGAGGGAGAGAAUGGCCCUGGAGGCGAAACUCAAGGAACUAGAAGACGAACGACGGCGACUGCAGGAGGAAUUCGCGCCGUUCUAA